AUGGCCGACGGCGUCGUCGUGACGGCCGCGGACGCGGCGGCCGUGCGCCGCAUGCAGGUCGACCUCGGCCGCUGGCUCGCGCCGGCCGCCGCGGACGCGCUCGACCGGAGCGGCGCGGUGUCCGGGUUCUACAUCGCGCCGCCGGCGGCCGCGUGGCCGCCGCCGGGCUGGCCGCCGGCGCCCGCGGCCUUCGAGCCCUUCGGCACGCCCUGGGUCGAGCUGCGGCGCCGCGUGUCCGCCGCCGUCGCCGCGGACCCGGGCCUCGCGCUCCGCGUCGCCUACGAGCGCCGCGGCGAGCGCCGCGUCUUCGAGCGCUCCGCCGACGGCGCCCUCGCGCCGGGCUCGGACCCGGAGCUCCUCGAGCCCCUCCGCGGGCUCCGCGCGCUCGUCUUCAGCAAGGCGCGGUCCGAGGGCGAGGCCAUGGCGCUCGCCUGGUGCGCGGCCCUGGUCGUCCCCGAGGACCGCCUGUCGCCUUCGAGCAAAUCCAAGGACGCGGGCCUCGAGGGCCUCGCGCGGGGCGUCGAAAGCGGCGCCAUGGGCGAGGCCGUGGCUUUGGCCCUGCGCACGACGGGCGAGGCCCUGCGGGCCGCGAACGUGCCGCGGUCCUUCGAGCGCGCCAUCGUCGAGACGGCGCGGCGCUUCUGCCUGGAGCCCGUCGCCGCCGUCGCGGCCGUCGCGAAGCGCGCCGCGGACCUCGACGUCUGCGACGCGGUCCUCGGCCUCGAGGGCCGCGGCGCGGCGCCCGGCCCGCGGGGCGACCGCCUCGCCGCCGCGCGCGCCAUGGCCCUGCGGGCGACGGCCCACGCCGCGCGGACCGCGGGCGACGGCGCGCGCGUAUCCGCCGUCGACGCGGCGACGCGGCGCCACGGGAACCCCGCGGCCAUGGGCGACCCGCUCCUCGGCGCCUUCGACGCCGUCCACGGCGACGUCGCCGCCCUCCUCGCCGCCGGCGCCCUCGCGGCGCCCAGGGGGGCCGCGCCCCUCGACGACCACAACAAAGCCCCCCCGCCGCCGGGGUCGGCGAAGAAGUCGCCCCUCGCCGCGCUCCUCGGCAGCGCGUAA